CGUGGAUCGGCUGCGGGAGCGCCAUCGGCGCUGGAACACCCCCGCGGGCACCGGGGGCUCACCCGGCCCGAGGCAGGGGAGGAUCAGGUGCCGGAGAGAGUUGAGAACUUGAAGUCUUUGGCACCUCAGCCUUGGAUUUGGCAGAGGUUAGAGGAAGCAGCCGUGAGGGAAGGAAGCGUUUCUGAGCCGGCUGGUUGUUCACCAUGAGUGUGGCUGUUCUGCUCCUCCUGGGGCUGGGGCUGCUGGGGGCAGAGGGCAGAAGAAACAGGUGUUACUUCAAGCGCACUCAGGAGCGCUGUGUGUGCUACAACCUGUCCGAGGAGACCGUGGACAGCAUCAUCCAGUGCCUCGCAGCCACUGUGGUGGAGUUUCGGGGGGGAGACCUGGAGAAAUACAUAGACUUCCCCAUCAGGAAGCUGGACAGCUCUGCCAUUGAGAUGCUGGGCUCCCUUAUCAUCGAGAAAGUAAUUAUUGCUGAUGUGCUGGUGCCUGAGAUCCUCCUGGCCCGUGUGUUGAGGUUCUUCUCCUACACCCACGUGAAGGAGCUGGUGUUUGACAGCUGUGUUUUCCAGGGCUCAGGUGACUGGCAUGAAAUGGAUGGCCAGAGCUUGCCCAUAUUGUCCCUGAGCUUCAACAACGUGACAUCUGCCCCGCUGAUGGGCAAUGAACAGGCCUUCUCCAGCCUGAGCACGUGGCUGGAGACCCUGCAGGAGCUGGCUGUCACCAGCUCCCAUGUCACCAGCCUGCCCUGUGCCAUUGGAAAGGUGUUCAGAGCUCUGCACACCCUGGACCUGGCACAAAACAGCCUCGGGGAUGGGAGCCUGACACCUGCCUUCUGUCAGGGAGCUUUCCCUCAGCUCCGGGUGCUGAGUUUGCAGCACAAUAACCUGACGUCCUACCACAGUGUGUGUGAAGGAGUGGAGCUGCUGCAGGGGCUCCAGAACCUCAAUCUCAGCCAGAACAAGCUCAUGGCAGACCCAUCCUCCUCCUGCCAGUGGCCAGCAUCCCUCCGGAUCUUCAACCUGUCCCACACUGGCUUGGAGGAAGUGCUGACACCUCUGCCUCCCAACCUAGAGGUGCUGGACCUGAGCCACAACCACCUCCAUGCCAUGGACAUCUCCCUCAGCUCCCUGAAGAAGCUCUUCCUGAGCCAAAACCUGCUGCAGGCUGUCCCCUCCAUCAGGAAUUACCCCCUGCUGGACACCCUCCACCUGGACAACAACUCCAUCUCGGAGCUGCCGUGGGAUGAGGUGACGCUCCUGGGGCGCCUGCGGGACGUGACUGCAGCCAACAACCCCUACAACUGCUCGUGCUCCGGGGCUGGGGGACUACAGGCACUGGCAGCCAAGGGGCACCUGGGGCAGGGCUGGCCCCAGGACUACACGUGCCAGUCCCCGCCGGGCUACCAGGGCUGGCGGGUGGCGGCCGUGCCGGUGUCGGUGCUGCGGUGUCACCGCGCCGCCGUGGUCGCCCCGCUCUGCGUGGCCCUGGCCCUGCUGGGCCUGGCAGGGAUCCUCUGCCUGCUCAGGGCCAGGAUGGUGGAGGAGGCCACGGAAAUCUCUGUGCCCGAUGCCCAGGCUGCCAUCAGUGCCUAUGCCAGGGGGCUGGGUGCCAUCCCAGCGCUGCUCCAGGGGUGUGCAGGGCAGCCCCUCGCAGAUGGGCGCUCGGUGCAGGGGGCCGGCAGCCUCUUCACUCUCACCGUGGAGCGGGAGCUGGAGGGUGGCAGGUGCCAGCGCUCGGCCCUCAGGAUCCUGGUGUCCCCGGGGGCCACCGGGCCCUGCCCCCGGCUGUACGUACCAGGGCUGAGCUCCCCCUCUGGCUCCCUGUGUGCCUGCUGUGGGCUGGGGGGAUUCCACACUCAGAGGUGA